CCUUCUCUCUCUCUAUCUCUUCACACCCCUACCGUCUCCUGGAGAAAUCUAGGGUUCGCGUUUCUGUGCGCGGAGUGAAAAAAAAAAAAAAAACUAGGGUUUGAUCUCUUCCGCGUUCUCUCCUUCGUAUUCGAUUCUCCUCGACCGCGAAAUCUAGGGUUUGAUUCCCCCCUUUCACGCCUCAGCUUCUCGAUGUCGAAUCGUGCGAUCGUCUCCGACGACGAAGAUGAGUAUGAAGAGGAGGAUGAUUCGAGGGCCGUGGAGAAAGAAGACAAUCUUCAUGGGAGGGACGAGGACGAGGACGAGGAAGAGGAAGAAGAAGAAGAAGAAGGCCAAGAUGAGUAUGAGAAAGAUGGUUUCAUAGUGGAUGAUGUCGAAGAAGAGGAAGAGGAGGAAGAGGAGGAGAAAGAAGAAAGUGAUGAUGAGAGGCACAAAAAGAAGAGGAAAAAGCGGAGAGAAUCGGAGAAGAAUUUUGUACUUGACGAGGAUGAUUAUGAGUUGCUCCAGGACAACAAUAUCACUGGCAUUCAUCGGCCCAAACCGGGUAGCAAAUUUAAGCGCUUGAAGAAGGCGGGGCGGGAUUCUGAGGUGGAGCGAUCUGGGUUUUCUGAUGAGGAAGAAUCGGAAAAGAACAGGGCUGGCGGCCGUACUGCUGAGGAAAAGCUGAAGCGCAGUUUAUUUGGUGACGACGAAGCUGCUCCUUUGGAGGAUAUUGCUGAAGAAGAUGAGCAACAGGAGGAGGAAGAAGAAGAAGAGGGAGAUAUGAUUGGUGAGGAGGAUGAAAUGGCGGACUUCAUUGUUGACGAGGAAGAUGUUGAUGAAACUGGGGCUGUUGUUAAAAAGAAGAAACUGAAGAAGAAGAAAACUAGACAAGCGCCAGGCGUAUCAUCUUCUGCUUUGCAAGAGGCUCAUGAGAUAUUUGGGGAUGUUGAUGAGCUGUUAAUGCUUCGGAAGCAAGGCCUGGAGAAGGACGUUGAUACUGGCGCAGUGAAGAGGCUUGAAGAUGAGUUUGAACCGUUUAUUGUUUCGGAGAAGUAUAUGACACCAAAGGAUGACAUGAUACGGGAAGCUGAUGUACCUGAAAGGAUUCAGCUGUCUGAGGAUGUUACUGGGCCGCCGCCGAUAGAUGACCAGAGCAUAGAGGAGGAGAGUACAUGGAUAUAUAACCAGCUUACCAGUGAUAGUCUGCCACUCUUCCAUGGCGGUGAUCACGCAGUAAGGGAAAUUAGCAAGGAAGACAUUGGAAACGUCUUGACAAUGCUACAUGUCCAAAAACUAGAUAUACCUUUCAUCGCCAUGUACAGGAAGGAGUUGUGCAGUAGUCUUUUGAAAGAUCCUGGUUUAGCUAGUCAAGAUGGUGCAGAUAGAAUGAGGUGGCAUAAGGUGCUUUGGACUGUUCAGUCCUUGGACAGAAAAUGGUUGCUUCUUCAGAAGCGAAAGAAUGCUCUCCAGUUGUACUAUAACAAACGUUUUGAAGAGGAAGCUAGGAGAAUUGAUGAUGAGACAAGACUCGCAUUGAACAGGCAACUAUUCAAAUCUGUUACUGAAGCACUUAAGGAAGCUAAAUCUGAAAAGGAGAUAGAUGAUGUUGAUGCUAAAUUCAAUUUGCAUUUCCCUCCUGGUGAAGUUGAAAUCGAGGAAGGACAAUUUAAAAGGCCUAAGAGGAAAUCACUUUACAGUAUUUGUUACAAGGCGGGGUUAUGGGAGGUCGCCAGCAAGUUUGGUUUUAGUUCGGAGCACUUUGGUUUGCUUCUAACACUAGCAAAGAUAUCGGAUGUGGAUGAGCUUGAAGAUCCUAAGGAGACUCCUGAAGAAGUGGCAGCAAAUUUUACAUGUGCAAUGUUUGAAACCCCGCAAGAUGUGCUUAAAGGUGCUAGGCACAUGGCGGCAGUGGAGAUUGGCUAUGAGCCUAUUGUGAGAAAACAUGUACGAAGUAUUUACAUGGAAAAAGCUGUUGUUUCAACAAGCCCAACUCCGGAGGGAAAUUCAACCAUAGAUCUUUAUCAUUCUCUUUCGGGCGUAAAGUGGCUGCGUGACAAGCCGUUGAAUAAGUUUGAUGACGCUCAGUGGCUUCUUAUUCAGAAAGCAGAAGAAGAGAAACUCCUUCAAGUAACAAUAAAAUUGCCUGAAGAUGCACAGAAGAAAUUACUUUCCGAUGCUAGUGAGUUCUAUUUGAGCGAAUGUGUUAGCAAGUGCGCUCAGCUGUGGAACGAGCAGCGCAAGAUGAUCUUGGAAGACUCGUUCUUCACUUUAAUUCUCCCUUCGAUGGAGAAGGAAGCUCGAUUACUAUUGACGGCAAGAGCCAAAAACUGGCUCUCGAUGGAGUAUGGGAGGCAGUUAUGGAGUAAGGUUUCUAUUGCUCCUUUCAAGCAGAAGGAUGCUGAGCACGAUUCUGAGGAUGAUUCUGAAUUGAGAGUCAUGGCUUGCUGUUGGGGGCCUGGGAAGCCUGCGACAACGUUUGUGAUGUUGGAUUCAGCAGGUGAAAUGGUCGAUGUUUUGUAUGCUGGCUCUAUCAGUGUGAGGUCACAGGGUGUUGCCGAGCAACAACGCAAGAAAAAUGACCAGCAGCGAGUACUCAAGUUCAUGACUGACCAUCAGCCCCAUGUUGUCUGUGUAGGGGGGGCCAACUUGUCCUGCAGGCAGCUGAAGGAUGAUAUAUAUGAGGUUAUUUUCAAGAUAGUAGAAGACCACCCAAAAGAUGUUAGCCGAGAUAUAGAAAAUAUCAGUAUUGUUUAUGGUGAUGAGUCGUUGCCUCGCCUUUAUGAAAACUCACGAGUGUCAUCAGAUCAACUUCCUGGGCAGCCUGGUAUUGUAAAGCGUGCUGUGGCUCUUGGUCGGUAUUUGCAAAACCCUUUGGCAAUGGUUGCGACACUAUGUGGACCAGGGAAAGAGAUAUUGUCUUGGAAGCUUUGUCCUCUAGAGCAUUUUCUUACUCCUGACGAGAAAUAUGAGAUGGUUGAACAGAUAAUGAUUGAUGCGACAAACCAAAUAGGCGUUGAUGUCAAUUUAGCUGCAAGUCAUGAGUGGCUUUUUGCUCCACUACAAUUUGUCUCUGGUCUUGGACCAAGGAAAGCUUCGGCUUUGCAGAGAGCGUUUGUGAGGGCAGGUUCUGUCUUCAAUCGCAAGGAAAUUACAAUGGGAAAACUGAUUAGAAAGAAGGUUUUCAUCAAUGCUGUCGGUUUUUUGCGUGUUCGUCGAAGCGGGGCAGCUGCAGCUAGUGCUCACAUCAUGGACUUGUUGGAUGACACGAGGAUCCACCCAGAGUCCUAUGAUCUUGCAAAGAACUUGGCCAAGGAUGUGUAUGCUGAGGAUGCUCCACAUGAGCCUAAUGAGAUGGAUGAUGAUGAACAGGAGAUGGCGAUUGAACAUGUUAGGGAAAGACCUCACAUGCUCAAAGCCCUUGAUAUUGAUGAGUAUCUCAAGAGUUUUCCUGAUGGGGCCAGGAAAAGAGAAACCCUGUAUGAUAUAAAGAUGGAACUGCUUCAUGGUUUUUGGGAUUGGCGCAGCGCUUUCCGAGAACCGAAUGCCGAUGAGGAGUUUGCUAUGCUAACUGGUGAAACGGAGGACACCAUUUCAGAUGGCAGGAUUGUUCAAGUAACGGUUCGCAACAUACAAGAUAACAGAAUCGUCUGUACCUUUGAUUCUGGUCUAAAGGCCCAUGUUUUUGCGGAGGAUUACUCAGACGAUGGAUAUGAUCCUGAAACCCUUCAAAUACGUGAAGGUGAUAUACUUACAGCCAGGAUAAAGAGUAUCAACAAACCUAGAUUUGUGGUUUACUUGACCUGCAAGGCCAACGAACUGAGGAAAGGACCAUACCUGCACAAAAUCAAACGCGAUCCUUAUUAUCAGGAAGAGGAUGCUAGCUUACGAAAUGAGCAAGAGAAGGCUCGCAAGGAAAAGGAACUUGCUAAGAAGCAUUUUAAGCCAAGAAUGAUUGUUCAUCCUCGUUUCCAGAACCUGACAGCCGAUGAAGCUAUGGAGUACCUUUCUGACAAGGAUGCUGGUGAGAGCAUUAUACGUCCAAGCUCUAAAGGGCCUCUUUACCUGACUUUAACCCUGAAAAUUUCUGAUGGAAUUUAUGCUCACAAAGAGAUAGUUGAGGGUGGAAAAGAUCACAAGGAUAUCACUAGCAUGCUUCGUUUGGGGAAAACUCUGACCAUUGAUCAGGACACUUUUGAAGAUCUUGAUGAGGUUAUGGACCGAUAUGUUGAUCCGUUGGUUGGCCACCUAAAAAGUAUGCUCUCCUAUCGUAAAUUCAGAAGAGGAACAAAAGCAGAAAACGACGACAUGUUACGGGCGGAGAAAUUGGAGAACCCCAUGAGAAUUGUGUAUUGCUUUGGCAUCUCUCAAGAACACCCAGGAACUUUUAUUUUAUCCUACAUCAGGAGUACCAAUCCACAUCAUGAAUACAUUGGGCUGUAUCCAAAAGGAUUUAGGUUUCGGAAAAAGGAUUUUGAUGACAUUGACCGUCUUGUGUCCUAUUUCCAGAGAAAUAUCGAUAAACCACCUCCAAGUGCCGGCCCAUCACUAAGGACAGUUGCUGCAAUGGUACCGAUGAGAAGCCCUGCAAACUGGGGCUCCUCUGGUGGAGGGUCUGUCAGCGGUGGUUCGGCAGGCUUCAAUGAUAGCUGGAGGGGUUCGGAUAGGGAAAGGUCUUCCACUCCAGCUUCAAGAACAGGAGGGAGAUACGAAUCGCGAAGUGGUAGUGCAAGCAGAGAAGGCCAUCCAAGCGGAAUUCCUUCAAGCCGCGGGCGUGGAAGGGGAAGUGCAAGGGGAAGGGAAAACAGCUACAGCGGCAACGACCGCGACUCCGAGUACGGGGGAUCGGCGAGAUGGAGCUCGAAAGACGUCGACGACGACGGCAUGAGCAGCUUCCCUGGUGCCAAAGUUCAGAACUCUCCAGGCAGGGAGAGAUUCCCAGGCGGAUGGGGUGGUGACGGGGGCAGGAGUGGCAGCGGCGGUCGAAAUGUAGGCGGUGGCGGUGGCGGUGGCGGUGGCGGUGGCGGUGGCGGAGGCUGGGGUGGGGAUAUUGGUUCGAGCUCCGGAUACAGUGCUGGUAAUAGCAAUUCGAGGUUGGUGCCACCGACACAAGCGGAUUCUGGAAGCGGAUGGCCGACCCGUUGGUGACAGCGGCUCGCACCCGAAUCUCGCAGUUAGCAUCCAGCCAGCCCCCCUCCAUGCUAUAUUCCAGUUCAGGAUAUGGCUUCGGAUGAAUUCUUUUAGGAAAUGGAGCAAAUACUCCUCUUUUCUUGUUUUUGUUUUUGUUUUUGUUUUUGUUUUUGUUUUUUCCUCCCUUUUUUUUUGGCUUUUAUAAUUUAAGACUCUCAUCAAGGUCCCAAAUUUUUGGGCUGUAUGGAAGUGCGGUACAUGUAAAGCUGUAAUAUCUUUUGAUGUUGUCUAUGCCCUCAACUAUUUUGAUAUAUGCGGUAAUCAUGUUAGUGUCAUUUAUGUGAAGUAAUAUAAUAUUAAUUAAGCAUA